CCCAAGCACACACACACACACGUUUCCCCUUUUUUUUCUAAGUGUGUGUUUGAUGUCGUGCAGCUGCUGUAUCAUCACCAUCACCUGAACGAGACACCAGCAGCACCGUUUCACCUCCAGCCAGUGAGUUUAUUCUUCUUUCUACAUGAUAUUUUUUAUGCUUUUCCCUGUAAAAUUUUAACUCUCUGUUCUAAUUUCUCUCACCCUGAUGACCACUUGUUACUUUCUCUCUCUCACUUGUCUAUUUUCAGCUCAUUCUGAGUUUCUGUUUCUUGCUGAGUUAAAAAAAAAUAGUUUUUGAAGGUUAAAUUUUGAUAAAAUGUUAAAAAUUCAGUUGCAGAAAAAUGUGGUUGUAUAACUUUUUUGUUAAUUCACACCAGCUGAAUCUACUCUUGUGUCUCCUCUCUGACUCUGUCAGCCAACACACAAACAGAUGAUGUAAUUUGUUCGAUAACAUCACUGUCAGCUUUUAUGUUGUUUUAUCUUGAAAUCGACAGGAUGUAAAGUCUGAGCAGAUGAUGUAUUCCUCAAAAGAAAACAAAAUCAGACUCUCUCUAGGGCACAGAGCAUUUGAUUCACAGCAUGAUACAAAGACAAAAACAAAGAAAGACAGAUUUAUUAAAUAAAAGCUUGAUAAGGAUUUAUAAGGAGGACAAAGUUCACCUGAAUUCUUCCAGUAAGUUCCUCUGUGUGUAAACAAACCAGAGACUAAUAAAUGUUUUUAUUGAAAUGGACUCAGAAGGCAAAGAUGACCGGCAGUAAAAUACAUUCAUACAAGUCAGCUAACCCAGGGGAGAUUUCUUAAAUCAGAUCGAAUCUCAAGGGUUCCUGCAGGCCUUUGAAAGGUCUUAAAAGUCUUAAAUCAGAUCUUAAGGUAAUAAAAGUUGUAUUUUUGCUUAAAAGAGGUGUUGGAUUUUAUGGUGUCCUACAUGUCUGAAUAAUUAAUCAAAUCAAAAGAGGAAAAUAUAAACUCUCAUGUAACACUUUGUGUUCAAAUAUCGAAGCUGUAAACUAAAAAAAAAAACAGAUAAAAGGGAAGAAAAGCAGGCUGUGCAAAUUCAGGAAAUUUUGCUUCAAAUUGAAAAAUACAGGGUGAUGGAUUGGACAUGCAAACAUCAUUAGAACAAUAGAAAGCUUCUAAACUUGGGCAAAGCUAAAUGAGCAAUGUUAUUUGAUCCAUAAUGCAUAAACAGGUUUGAUAUUUGCUGUUCGAGCUUUAAAAAGGUGAUAAAAAGUCUUAAGUUUGGUCUCCAAAAAGAGCAACAGUCCUUAUAUCGACGCACAGUUCGACCGUAUCUUUCAUUUCAGUUUGUCUGCCUCUUUUUUUAAGCAUUUCUUUAUUUUUACAUGUUCAGAAUAAAUUCCAGACCAAAUCAAAUCAAUGUGCUUCAUGCAGACUAAAAUGAACAAAAAUCCCACAAAAAAAAAAAACUGAUUGAACUGAUUUAAAUCAUUUUUUUAACAGUCAUGCGGAGCAGUUACUUUGCAUUGAAUGUUUUGUAAUUUUUUGAUCCAGAAAUAAAAAAACUCCACAGUUUGUCUCUUAAAGGCUGCUGUAGAGGCUGUCUCAUUGAGUUGAUUUUACAAUGGUUUAAAACAAAGAAAAGGACGGUGUCAUUUUAUUUAAGGAAGUCUAGUCAAGUGUAUAAACCGCGGAAAGCUGACACAGCAGGUUUAACAAGUCCACCACAACAAGUCCCUUCACGUUCUUUCCACUGAAAAAGCUUACAGUCAUUCACUUACUUUCAUCCACAGACAACACACUCAUAAACAAAAAUGAUCAUGUGACUCUUUCGUUGAGAAAAGAAAACAUUUUAUUCUUGAGGAAAAUUCUAAUAAUUCAUCUUCACAUCAAACAAUAAAAAGAGAUAAACCGAAUAAUACAGACUCAAACAAGCAGAUCAAACUCAAACGGACAAUUUCCUGUAAAAGCUGGAGCUUGUGCGACAAACAUGAAGUGCUAUAAUUUCCACUUUGUUCAAUUUCAGGUGACAUUUGAAAUACAGGAAGUCAGAGGAGGCAAACGUAGCUGCUGCUGUGCUUUCUGAUGUUUCAGAAUCUUGACUUAUUGAGCCAUUCUGCAACACCUCCUCUCAGUGCUGAUAGCUUACAUGCAUCUUGUUGAUAGAGUUUUACAUUCACAUACAUGAUCAUAUCAUCUGCGUACAUUUUAAUCUCAGAGGAACUGCAGAAACCUGAUUAAAGAGUUAACAUUAGUGGCACCAGUAAUGAGCCCUGAGGUACACUGUUAUCCUUACUAUGGAGUGAUGAUACCUUAUUCUCCUCAACCCUUUGUUUUUUUCUUAUAUUGCACCAGUGUCACAGAGUUUGAGAAAAAAUCCUCCAUCACAUUUCAGGUGAACUUGAAAUACAGGAAGUCAGAGGGGACAAACUAAGCUGCUGUUGGCCCCUCUGAUGUUUGCAUCACGUUUAGCAAGCAGAAGUUCACAGCAUGAACUCCUCCUGUUUGAGGAAGUUUGAGCUUUUAUAGAAACCUAUUUGUUUCUUUUCUGAGAUCCAUAUUUUUCUGUAGAGAAGCAACAAACUGCUCUGUUUCCUCUCAGAGGUUUGAACAUCAAUAACUGAGGAGUGACUGUAUGACUUGACAUUUUUUAUCCAUCAUCAGAUGCAAGCAGAAGUAACAGAUUGCGUCCUGUUUGGAGAUGAUGAAUUUGACAGACAGUAGGAAUCAGCCAGCAUGAGCACAAAUGCUUAACAUCAAGAGAAACGUGCUGCAAACUGAGAAAUACAUCCAAGUUCCCCAAAUUAUCAUGAAACGAACAAACAAAAACAGACUGCAAAUAGCUCGAGUAAUUGCAUGAUAGUUAUUGUGCCCUUUAGGAUCCUGGUUGUCUGAGUGGUUGAUGUGAAUGCAAACCUUUGAGGGCAGAAGAAACCACACAUUACAUAUAAAUUGGGUCAGUCGGUGUUUUCAGGCUCAACUGACCUGUUUUUUCUGCAGACUUCCUCUGAGUGUUCACACACCUGAGAACAAACACAUUCAAAUUUUCACCACCUCCAUCGACCACAACUAGAGCACCCACCAGCAGAGCCAACUCUGCACCGCCUGUCACAUGGAUAAUUAAAUUCUGUGGCAUUUCUGCUCAGGUUUCAUAUCUUCAGAUUAUCUCCUGUAGAUUAAUUUUUUGGGUUUUUACAUCACACUGAAAUGAGUCAAAGGAGUAAUCAUUCUUUUCCUCUGGGGGCUUUAAAGGAGGUUUCUGAAAGGAUACUCUCAGUUUCAUAGUUUAAUUUACAGGAAAAAGCCUCAGCAAGACGCUGUGACGUAGUUUCUUCAAAUAUUAGCAAAUCAUUUUGAGCAACCCUGGUAAUGCGAGGCUGUCGUCCUCAACAGACGUGUCUUCCCCCAUUUCCCCCACUCUUUACCCUCACAUUUCCUGUCUCUCUUCAGCUGUCCUCUCUAACAAAGACCAAAAAAUACAUAAAUGAAUAAAUACAGUUGUUAUUGAGUUUUACAUUCACAUACAUGAUUCUAUCAUCAGCAUACACAUCAAUCUUAGAGACACUACAGACAGUUUGAAAACCUAAUUUUUAAAGAACAAACAGAAGUGGCCCCGGAUAUGAGUUCUGAGGUACCCCGUUAACCUUACCAUGGGCUUAUGAUCGAUCAUCUUUUACUUCAGCCCUCUGGACUUUGUCUCCAAUACUGGACUGAAUCAGUGUCAUUGAAUCAGAGAGAAAUCAACCGUUAUGAAAUGAGGGUGAUUGUUUCUAUGGCACAUCAUGUUUGAUGCAUCUUUAAAGUGUAGCUGAUACAAAAUAGCUUGUCAGAUGAAAUAGAGGAUAUUUACAUAAAAACAGUUCUGGAAAAUGUAAGAACAAAUGAAAACUUUUAGUAAGAGGCAUCUUAAUUACUUCCCAACUUUUCAUUUCUAUGAUGCAAUCUAUGAUUGAUUGUAUCAAAAAGAUGCAGUAUUAGCAUUUAACUACAGGAUGACUCAUCAUAUUUGAUCACAGAUUAAUAUUUCUCUGGUCUGUUUUUGUCUAGGAGAUGAUGGAGAGCCAAGAAGACUAUAACCAGACAAACACGUAUUCUGAUUAUGAAUACAGUAAUAUCUCAUCUAAUUGGUCUGAACCUUGUCCUGAGCACAACAACAACAACAUUGAGCUCGUGAUUAGCUUCAUCAUCUGCAUCCUGGGAUUUAUAGGAAACAGCCUGGUGAUCGUCACCUAUGCCUGCUACAAGAGGACCAAAUCGAUGACUGAUGUCUACCUGCUGAACGUGGCCAUCGCAGACCUACUGUUUGUGGUGUUGCUGCCUCUUACUGUGCACAACGAGCUAACAUCCUGGCCCAUGGGGCCAGUGGCCUGCAAGCUGCUGCGUGGCUCCUACAGUGUAAAUCUGUACAGCUGCAUGCUGCUGCUCGCCUGCAUCAGCACAGACCGUUACAUUGCCAUCGUCCAGGCUCGCCGCAGCUUUAGACUGCGCUCACUGCAGUACAGCCGAAUUAUCAGCUCCAUCGUCUGGGUUUCUGCCAUACUGCUGUCCAUCCCUACCUUCAUGUUCUAUGAGUGGUACAAGCCAACCCAUACUGAGAUUAUUUUCGUUGACCAAGAGGACCCAGAGGAGGAGAGUCCUGAAGAAGAGUCUCAGUAUGUCUGUGAGUUCAAGUUUGGUGACAGCACCACAGCACAGACAACUAGGGUUGCCAUCCCCAGCAUCCAGCUGGCUAUAGGCUUCUUCCUGCCGAUGCUCAUCAUGGUCUUCUGCUACUCCGCUGUCAUCAUCACUUUGAUGAAAGCCAAAAACUUCCAGAGGCACAAAGCAGUGCGGGUGGUGCUGGUUGUUGUGGUGGUGUUCAUCAUCUGUCACCUACCGUACAACAUCACACUGCUCUAUGACACCGUCAACAUGUUUCAUGAACAGUCCUGUGAAAGUGUGUACACCCUGCUUCAAACCCAGACAGUGACAAAGACCAUCGCCUACAUGCACUGCUGCCUGAACCCGGUCUUGUAUGCCUUUGUGGGGGUGAAGUUCAGGAACCAUUUAAAGAAGAUCUUCCAGGACUUGUGGUGUCUAGGGAAGAGAUACAUUGCCCCACGCCGCUUCUCCAGAACCACCUCAGAAAUGUUUGUGUCCACCCGCCGCUCUAUGGACGGAUCAAGCGAGAACGGCUCAUCUUUCACCAUGUGA